CUAACGCAUUCGAUAUCGAUAAUCGAUACAAUGCUUACUACAUAGAUAAUACAUGCCCACCUAUUGGAAGACGAAAAUUUUAUCAUUGAAACGAAUUGGUUUUAUCUAUGACUUUGAGUAAUGAGUACCUAUCAAUUUCAAAAAACUUUUAAAGAGUAUAUAAAUAUAAUAAUAAGACCAAUAAAUUUGACUUAUUAAUUUGAUAACAUUGUUAUUCACCGACUUUCAGAUAGAAUAAUGUGUAUUUUGUCGGUGUGUAUUUAACAUUUUGACAACAUCUAAAUUACAAUGAGAGACAGUAUCACCUAAAUUAUAUUUAAUAUGAUAUUUGGAUAAAAUGGAGGAGUUCAUAAAAAAAAAUUUUAAAAAUACUGUAAUGGAUUCCAGACACAGUACCCCGGUUUCGGAAAGCAAUCAAAGUGUUAAGAAAAAGUCUAAAUUCGUUUGGAAAUCUAAGUCUUCAAAUACAAUUUCAACUCCACCGAGUUCAGAGAUAAACAAUUCCUUAGGUGGUGUAAGGAAUGUUUGUCAGAGAGAUGAAGGAAUCAAUAAUUUUAUGGAUGUGGGUGAAUUAAAAUGUAUACCUUCAGAAAUGUUAUAUAGUCCAAAUAGAUAUACAAUUGAAGAACCUAAAAGUCAAUCAUCAAGUAAAGUACAAUCUGUUGAAAUAGGAAAAAACACUGACAAAUUUGUUGUUUUCGACAGCUCAGUGUCUGAUUUCCUUUUAAAAAUUUCUGAUCACACCGUAUUGAAAAAACAUGAUAUGGUCAAGAACAUUACUAGCAAAGAAAUAGAAGAAUGUAAAAUAUUAUAUAUUGAGUUGUUAGAAAAAAUAAGUGAAGCCUUUAGGAGAUUGUCUGACUUGACAAAAAAUGUGAUACACGGGUAUAAUGAUGAAACAUAUGCGAGUAUAAAUAAGAUAGAAACUAAAUUAAAAUCAAUCAUACAAAGUCAAGGACAAUGUAAUGGACAUGAAAGUAAUAAUUUAAAUGUAAAUAGCACUAUUCAAGAACCACAAAAUUCAUCUACAUUUUGUAUAUCUGAUGAUGACUCUCGACAAACACUAAUACUGGGUGAAGAAAGUGCAGAUGAUUCUAUAUCAUCUACCCCAAACACAUUGCUUGAAAACCAAACAGGCAUCAAAUCUAAAAUUAUUGGUAAACGAUCUUUAUCUUUAAAUUCAAAUUCCUCAAUUAAUGAUUCAACGCACAACAUUUGUACUAAUGCUGAUACUAAAACAAAUGGUACAAAAAAAAAAUUCGUAGUGAAACGGCCUUCGUCUGUUACCCUUAAAGAACCGAAUGAAAAAUCUACAAUAGGAAGCAUUCCUUCAAAUACAUUAGAAAGAGUAAAAAAUGCUUCAGAGAAGUUACAGCCGUUACCAACGGAAGUUCUAUCAAAAUGCAGCUCUAUACCUGCUAGUUCAGUACACUUCCAACCUCCGGGAUUAAGCAAGGCUUUACGUUUGCCGUCGACAGAUGCGGAAUCGUCUAUUAACAGGAACACUUCUUUUGAAUCUGAUUUUGAUGACGAAACAAAUGUGAUUUCCGUCAAUGACUCUAUGCCGGCUCAUUCGAAUAACGAUGAGAGUGAAAGAGACAUAUUACUUGACGACGAGGGGUGGCAAGUUUAUGAUCCCUCUAUGUUCGGCGAGGAAAAUAUUAUUGAUUCAAAUGAACACUCAACUAACCAAUUACAAAUUAAUUUAAUGGAUCAAAACGAGGUUGACCCUGCGGUGUCUUAUGAAGAAAUGGGAGAGUUUCAUCCUGGAACGAUUAAUGAUGGAAUAACAGGUGAAUUUGAUGGUUUAAAUUAUCCUCACUCUGAUCUUAUGAUGGAAAAGUUAAGAGAAAAGUUUGGUCUCAGAUCGUUUAGACCUAAUCAGUUGCAAGUCAUCAAUGCUGCACUGCUGGGACACGACUGCUUCGUUCUAAUGCCCACCGGCGGUGGUAAAUCGCUGUGCUACCAAUUGCCUGCCAUACUGACCCCCGGCGUGACUGUAGUAGUGUCUCCGUUGAGAUCGUUGAUUCUAGAUCAAGUUAAUAAAUUAAACUCGCUCGAUAUCUAUGCGGUAUACUUUUCCUGCGAACAAUCAGCGGCAGAGGCGAACGAAAUAUACUAUCAGCUUUCGUUAGCGGAACCGGCAAUUCGUCUGCUCUAUGUGACGCCGGAGAAGCUCAGCAGUUCAGAAAAAUUACAAAAUACACUGAAUAUGCUUUAUUCUCGAAACCUAAUUGCAAGGUUCGUGGUGGACGAGGCUCACUGCGUGUCGACGUGGGGCCACGACUUCCGCCAGGACUACAAGCGGCUGGGCGAGCUGCGGCGCCGUUUCCCGCGCGUGCGCCUCAUGGCGCUCACGGCCACCGCCACGCCGCGCGUGCGCAUCGACAUCCUGCACCAGCUCAAGGUCACAAAUUGCAAGUGGUUUCUAUGGAGUUUUAAUCGACCUAAUCUCUCCUACGAGAUUCUACAAAAGACACCAAAAGAUGUAAACAAGGACAUUAUUAACGUUAUCCGCCAGAGGUUUGCCGGGAUGUCGGGCAUCGUGUACUGCCUGUGGACCAAGGAGUGCGAGGCGCUGGCGCUGGAUAUGCGCAAGGCGGGGCUGCAGGCGGCCGCCUACCACGCCCGCCUGCAGCAGCGCACGCGCGAGGACGUGCAGGUGGGCUGGCUGGCCGACCGCUACACGGUGGUCUGCGCAACGAUCGCCUUCGGCAUGGGCAUCGACAAGGCGGACGUGCGCUUCGUGAUACAUCACAGCCUGCCCAAGUCGGUGGAGGGCUACUACCAGGAGGCGGGUCGCGCGGGCCGCGACGGGGAGCCGGCCGCCUGUCUGCUGUACUACAACUAUUGCGACGUCAUCCGCAUUCGGCGCAUGCUGGAGAAGGAGAGAACCACCACUCAGGAAGCGAGACAAGUGCACGUGGACAACCUGAUGCUCAUGGCGCAGAUGUGCGAGAACGUGUCGGAGUGCCGGCGCGUGCAGGUGCUGGCGUACCUGGGCGAGCGCUUCCCGCGCGCGCGCUGCGCGGCCGGGCCGGCGCCGUGCGACGCGUGCCGCCGCGCCGCGCGCCCCGCGCCCGUCGACGUCACGCGCGACUGCGUCACCAUCGCGCGCGCCGUGCGGGACCUGCGCCAGUCCUACACGCUGCUGCAGCUGGCCGACGCGCUGCGCGGCUCCAUGCAGAAGCGCCUCGCUCAGCUGCAGGGCAACCCCUUGCAUGGACUAUGCAAAACGUGGGCGCGCGGCGACGAGCAGCGACUGUUGCGGCAACUGCUGUUCAAGAAGGUACUUCGCGAGUUUAUUAAGAUAAACAACGACAUCUCCAAUGCAUACAUCACAACCGGACCGGAGUUAGACAGAUUGCUAUCAGGUGAAAUUAAAAUCGAGUUCGCUAAGCAGCCGCAGUCCCAGCAGACGACAGUUGCGGCGACGCCAGCUCCCGCCGCUACCGAUGCAAAUAAGCCGGGCAUCAACGCGCGACUCGACAGUCUCGUAAAUCGCUGCUACGCCGAUCUGGUCGAAGCCUGCCGACAGAUGGCACAGGAGCGCGGCGCGAGCCUGACGACGCUGUUCCCGCAAGUGUCGCUGCGGGCCAUGGCGAAUGCUCUGCCCGAGACCACGGAGGCCAUGCUGGCGCUGCCGCACGUCACGCGCGCCAACUACGACAAAUACGGACACCGAUUGUUGCGCAUCACUUGCGAUUAUUCUCUCGAAAAGCUAGGUAUCUUGAUGGAUUACCAGGAUGAACUGGAGAUGCAUUCAGCUUCAACGUCGACCACAAACGCAACCUGGAGUCCCAAAAACAAACCCAAAACAAAGGCUCGUCGAGCACGCAACACUGGUGCGCGUAGAGGAGGGAUACAGAAGAGAACGAAACGAGAGGGUUCGACGAUCGCGACGACCAGAAGAGGACUGAGCACGUCGCGGGCGCGCAAGCAGACCCGCGAGCGAGUGGCGCGCACCGGGCCAGUAGCAGGAGGCAGCGGGCUGGGUGCUAUGCCGCUGCCUCGUGCGGGCACUGCUACAGCUCGUCCCGGCGUGUUACAAUCCAGAUUAAACUUUAUUUAAACAUUGUAUCCUUCAUGCCAAUAAAAAAUCAAUUGGACACAUUACUUAUUUAUAUAAGGGUUUUAUGUCUAAUUUAUAAAAUUUUACUAUGUUAUUAAUGGCUAGUUACUAAAUUCAAGCAACUAUUCGUUUUACUUACGCGUCAGAAGGCUAUGAAUAAAGGGUAUUAUGGUAAAUAAACGGAGACUACGGAUACUGGAGUUUCAAUGAAUAUUUGAAAACGUCAAUAAGGCAAUUCGGAUUUUGAAUAUACCAACGGGACAUAUGUCUUAAAUAUAUUUAUUUAACACAUGAGUCCUGUUAUAUAUCCUAUUUGAUACCGAAGGCACAUAGACCGAAUACCACAUAUAUUUCUUAAAAAAUAAAAGCUGGUUGAUUAUAUGUUUUUUUAACCAAAUGUUUAGCUAUAGCUGUAUAAUUAAUUUUAAAUUAUUUUAAGAAAUAGUAAUUGCAUUGUAUAAACAUUUGUUGUAUAUAAAUAAGAUAAAU